AAAUAAUAACUUAAUCCCGCGCAAGGCGCGGAUCUUAUCCUAGUAUACAUAUAUAAAGUAAUUUUUUUCUCAACUUCUUAUAACAUGUGGAAAAAGAUUUGCUGAGACAUAUCAUUAUGUAAUCUUGUUUUUUACAUUUUAAGUUUUUUUUUCUAAAUUACUGCAAUAUCGUCCAUCACGUAUAAGAUAUAUCCAAUCAUGCUAGCACAAGAAUCAGCAGUGACCAUGACAGCUUCUUUGAAGAUAAAAGCGAGUGUGGUUGUUGCUUUUGCAGGCUUCACCAUCUGUACAUCUUCUUUCUGAAACCCAUCAAUCUAAAACUCAAACAAAAACCAAAGCAUACUACCACAGAUGAAUGCAAAAAAUAAUCAUCAAACUAAGUAAAAAGAAAACUUACAUAUAUGGUUCGGGGCAGAUCAAAGCUAAUCUAUCAUGAGAUCAAUCAAAACCAGUUGUCAAUCUAAAAAUUUUUUUCUCGAAAACUCAUAUCUAUACUAUUAUUUGAAAAGUAAAUUUACUUAUUAGUGAUGGUGAUUUUAGGUAAUUUUGAUUAUUUGUCAUUUUUAUGAUUUUGAUUGAUGAGUCAUCAAUUUAAAUCUAUAUUGUUAUUAGAACUUUAUAAAAUAAAUAGAAAUUAAGAUUAUGAUAUAAAUAAAUAUUUUACUUGAUCCAAUCUUUAAUAUAAUAAAAAAAAAUUCAAACUUACUAUCUUUUAAUUUGACAUUGACAUAGAUACUAGAAUAUAUAUAUAAAUAUAUAACAACUUAUAUAUUGUAGUUUCUUUAUAUAUAUAUAUAUAUAUAUAUAUAUAAUUAUGAGAUGCAUGUGCUAAAAUAAUUAAUAUAUCAUAGUAAAAUUUAGUGUUAUUCUUUCACUAUCAACCAAUCACAAGUUCUCUAUCAAUGUUUAUCAAAAAAAUAAUUUAUCAAAAUUAGUAUAAAUUAUAUAUAUAUAUAUAUAUAACUUAUUUAUCGUAAGUAAUAUUUAGGUUUAAUAAUAUUUUAUACUCAAUUAUUAAUCUUAAUAAAUAAUUCUAGUGUUUUAGAUGGUUAAUUAUAAUUAUCUUGAAAAUAGUUUAAAAAAUUUAACGAUAAUAUCAUGGUUAAAUUUAUAUUAUAUUUACUUUAUUAAUAUUAAAAUAUUAUAUAUAUGUUUAUAUUUUAUUUGGUUUAGUAAUUUUAAACCAACUCUAUUUAUAUAUAUAUAUAUAUAUAUAUAUAUAUAUAUAUAUAUAUAUAUAUAUCCUUUAAGAUAGAAUGAAUCAUAUUUUAAGAUAUUUUUAGGAAAAUUAAAUUCACUCAUCCAGUCAUAUUUUAUGGAUUUGGCAAAUAAGCCCUUUAUUUAAUUAGUUUGGUUUGAUCUAGAUUUGAUUCCGCAAUCAUUGAUAAAUUCAAUUAAAGAAAAUGGGUUUGAUUAAAACUUGAUCAUCCUGAUACCCUGAUAUUUUAGAGGUUUUAUUCUCAGCCGGCUUCCAAAUAAAUAAAUAGAAUUAGAAGAAGCUAUGCAAUAUGUUUUUUGGGUCGAAGCUACGCAAUAUGUUACAUACUAGCAUGUUGUAAGUGUUAGAAUCUUAUGGAACUAAAGAGAUUUACUAAAUGUACUUUUACUCUUUGCUAAUCCUCAAAUAAAUCAUCUAAUAUUAAUAAGUCACAAACAUCAUGGUUUUGAUUGUUUGUAGUUUUGAAAAUGUUUUUUUUUUGUUUUUCCAAAAACCAUUAUUUAACCAUUCAUGAUUUAUGUAUAUAUUUUUAGUUUUUCUAUAUUUUUUAUUUCUUUUUAAAAAAAUAAAAAAAAUUUCUUAUCCAAUAUUUAUCCCCAAUAAUUUGCACAUGAAUUGUUUAUCCCCAACAAUAUUUAUUCUAUGAUUUUUAUCUCCCAUAGCAACCAUGCUAUGGUUUACUUCUAAAAAGCAGGAAAACAAUGUACUCACAUAAAUACAUCUACAAUUCUCUCGCAAGAUCCGGCAUAGGCCACUUAGAUCAGGCGAUCACCAGGCUACAUAUCACUAAGGCCAUCUGCAAUAUGACGGAUCUUAUUAGUUACUGUAACACGAAUCCGUGAUCACGAAUCCAUUAAGAUCAUGAGAUCACAAGUGUCUCCGUACCCGAAUAACCUAAGGAAUGACAGUCUCUUUCGAUUCCUCGCAAUGAAGAAUCUACUAUCGGGUUUCUAAGUAGUUCAUCGCAAAAUAACCCAAAAAGACCCUUCAAAAGCGACAUCCUACUUCUAUUAUCGAUCCAAGGACUUGCUGAGAAGAUAUGACUCCGGUCCACCAUAGUGCAUAUGUUAUCUUCCAAAUUCAUCCAUCAAAUCGAAACAUAAAGGACAAUCUGUUAGGAAUAAUUAAUCUAGGAAGUCAUAUCUCCUGUUUAGAGCAAGAAGCCAACAUUUUUUUUCCUGCUUAGGAUGAUUUCUAGCUCGCGGGCUGUGUUUUUUUCCUGUUUACCAUAUUUCAGGAUAUGAAAUUACCUAACCCAGUUGUCAACUACAAGGAAGGGGAUUACUAAACCUAGAACAUGGGAUUGAGUCGAUUGACUAUUUAAGAAUUCGACUAUAAAGUUAGAAGGCUAGAAUUAGAGUUUUUUAACCAAUACAUUAUAGUUUUAACUCUCUUGAUCAAUAAAUAUGAUAUUUUAAAUCUUUGACUCUUGUUUUUACUACUUGCUUCAUGAGGGGAAACCCUUCUUAAAAUUACUCUACUACUUCAGUUUCUUAAAAAUAACAUAUAUUCGAUCUACGACGAUGUUACCAUAUCCAACCAUUUUCUUUAUUUUGGUUCGUUUCGUUUCGGUUAGUUUUGUUUUACUUAUUGAACACCCCCUAGACUUAUGGAUUUAAUUUCUCUAUUCUGUUUUAGUUUAUCAUUUCUUGUUGAUGACGGAAACUCUCGACCAAACAGAAGAUAGGAGCGCGCUUGCAUCAUCUAACCAAUUUUCUAAUUUUGUCUAACACCUUUAGAUAUAUGUAAAACAAUAAAAGCUGGUAACUCUAAAAACAACAACUCCAGAAAUAAAUAAUUAAAUAAAUUAUAGAGUUAAAAUAAGAUAGUAAGAACAACGAAGCAGAGAAUUUAAGAAAGAAGGAAGAAACUUAAAGGAGGUUAUAACGUAUCUGUCAUUAUAUCUGCUGAAUAGUUCGUACAAAGCUCAAUAUCUACAAAAGUCAAUUGGGUUCCCACAAAACGGUGGGGCCCAUCGUGACCAGGUCUUUUAUACAUGAUCUCAUCUUCCGCCUUAGCCUCUUCUUGAUUUCAUUUUUUGUAAGAAUGAUUCAAACAAAUAUUGUCUGAAAUUUUAGGAGAGCCAAAAAAGAUGGGAAAGGGCUGGUUAGCAUGUGUCUCGGCCCCUUGUUUACCUACAGGAAAAGACAAAAAACAUCAAAAACAGGAGAAGGAGAAGAAGAAAUGGUUUGGGAAGCAAAAGAGUAGAGAAUCCAUUGAAUUCUCAUUGGAGGAGACUACUCCUGUAGAUCCUUCAUCUUCCUCCAUUACUCGGCCGUCCCCUCCUCCGUUGCCUGAUUUUGUUCCUGAACCGUUGUUGCCCCCACCAUCCCCUCCUCCUCCUCUGUUUGCUGAUUUAGCUCCUCAGCCGUUGUUACCACCACCAUCAUCCCCUCCUCCUCCCCCUCCUUUUCCGCCAUAUGCCAACAAUAAAUGCUAUGAUGCUUCCAAAGAAGCAAAGACUAGACAAGCUCUGGCUCUCGCAUCGGCUGUUGCAGCCGAAGCAGCGCUGGUGGCUGCACAUGCUGCCGUAGAAGUCACACGUCUCACGUUGGAUACCUCAACACGUCAAAUUGAGGAAUCAAAGGAGGAAGCUGCUGCGAUCAAGAUCCAAAAUGCGUAUAGAUGUUACAAGGCAAGACACACUCUACGUAUGCUGCGAGGAAUGGUCAGGCUAAAGACGUUGCUACAAGGAAAAUACGUGAAAAGACAGAUGAACGCGAUGCUUAGCUCCAUGCAAACUCUUACACGUUUACAAACACAGAUUCAAGCGAGGAGGAAUCGGUUAUCUGAAGAGAACAAAGCUCGUCACACGCUGAUCCAGCAGAAGGGUCACCAGAAAGAAGGCCAAAAUCAGAAUUUGAUUAUUGCGGGAGAUUUUGAUUCCAGCAAUAAAUCGAAGGCACAGAUCAAAGCACAGUUUGCAAAUCGGAAAGAAGCUUCUGUAAGACGUGAGAGGGCUUUGGCGUAUGCGUACAGUCAUCAGCAAACGUGGAGAAACUCUACAAAACAUCCACACCAGACUCUGAUGGACGCAGACACUCCUCACUGGGGUUGGAGUUGGCUUGACCGGUGGAUGGCAUCUCGUCCAUGGGAACCUAUAUCCAACGAUGAUCAAGCCUCCGUCAAACGCGAGAAUUCCAUCAAGACUUCUCCCGCCAGAUCUAAAGAACCAAAAUCUGUCAGCCGAAAAGCUAACCAGAGCGAGGGGGUUAAUCGUAGGCACAGCAUUGGUGGUGGAUCAGCUGAGAGCCUAGAUAGUUCUUUAUCACGCAGAAGUUCUUUUGGUAAUACGGAAACUGAAAAAUCCAAGGCUAGUGUGGAAACAACAAGCAACAUGACGACUAACCCCCAACCGUUGAAGAAACCCAAGGGAAGUGUGGGAACAGCAAAAAACAUGGUUAACACGCAAGCUAUGAAAUCAAAAGAUAGUGUGGGAACAAGAUACUUGGCUAACACGCAAGCUUUGAAUUCUAAGGUUAGUGUUGGCCAACCGAGCAACUUGGGCUCCCAAAAGAAGGUUGUGUCCGAUAAAAAUAAACUUCCGCAAAUGGUAAUGCCAAAGAAGAGGCGUUCAUCUUCAAUUUCUCUUGCGUCAACAAAGAAGGUUUCGGAUUCGGACAAAGCUACGACACGCGCUGCAAAUGAAGAGAAAAAGAGAAGAAAUGGUAGUACCGGUUAAGCAUCUCAAAUCCAAGAUUUUUUCUAUCAGAUUGAAUCUGUGAAAAAAAAGUGUGUGUUUUUGUUGUUUUCUUUGGGUGAGUACAAAGUACUAUUAUCUGUUUGCGGUUUCGUUUUCUUUCUUUUUUUCUUAUUUUUUAAAUUGUUUUAGUUAAAAACCUCUCCGUCGCA